AUGUCCGAGAAAGUAAUUGAAAUUAAACAAAUUGGUAAAAGAUAUGGCGAUAAAACAGUUUUAAAUAAUGUUUCUUUUGCCGUGCGAAAAGGAACUAUUCAUGGCUUUAUUGGUCCUAAUGGAGCCGGUAAAACGACUACACUCAGCAUUUUGACCCGCUUAGUCUUGCCAACCCACGGCGAGGCUUAUAUUGAAGGUAAAUCAGUUAACCGCGACCCUCGCUUUAAUGAGCAGUUGGGUUUUAUUCCUGCCGAACCAAAAUUUCCUAAUUUGACAGUGGAAAAAUAUCUGCUAGAUGUUGGCUAUUUGCGGGAUAUUCCGAGCGAAGUAGUAUUACGAAAAUUGGUUGGCUCACCACUUUCCCAAUUUCGUUCGCAAAAUUGUCAUUCUCUCUCAACUGACCCUAGUUUUCGCCAAGAUUUAUUUAACAAUUUGAAAAAUAUUCGUGACAAAGGUGGCACCAUUCUAAUGUCAACCCACAUUCUUUCUGACCUCCAAAAAUUAGCCGACGAUAUUACUAUGAUUAGGCGAGGUCGAAUAGUCUACACGGGUCCAAAAACGGACGAUAUUGAAAAAACCUAUGAGGAUUAUUUUGUGGAAAAAGCUUUCAAAGGCACAGUGGAAGCAGCAAAUUCGGAGGAAUUUCAAAAAUUAGACCCUGAAGCAAAAAGUAAAUGGGACAAAGCAUAUUCUUUUUCAGAUGGAAACAGGUUAAGAUUUGGAGUGUGGAAAAAUGAUAGGAUUAAAAAAUCUAACAGAGAAACAAUAGAAAAGUAUGUAAAGAAAUUAGAAGAAGGCGAUGAAGAAGUGAAAGAUUGGGGAUACCAAGAAAGAUUGCAAUUUUUGACUUGGCGAAGUGCUGAUAAUG